AUGCAAAUUUUUGGGCUAACAUUAUUGUUUUUGAAACUAUACUGUUCAUUAGAUUGUAUAAUAAAUUUGACAACUGAAACUCUAUCGCACAUAAAUCUGAGUGAUAACUCUCAUUUUAAACUUAAAAGAACUGGAAAAUUAUUUUUUUUUGUGGAAUCCUUAAACAUUCCUCGACACAAGAAUUAUAAACAAAAGAUUAGUCCAGGUUACACCUAUGUUUCAACCUCUUCUGUUCCUUUCACAUCGUUCUCCACAUUUAGAAAUCGAAGCCUUUUAUUUGCUGUUCCAAAGAAGAAGCCUUCUAAACGUAGGACAAACAUAAGGAAAACUGCAUGGAUGAAAAGAUUCCCGAAGAAUUAUAAACGGCCCAUGAUGUUGGAUAUGUACGAUAUAGUCAAGUAUACUGAUGGAACAUUUACCAAGUCUAGAACAAUUCACGAAAAUUGGCUAAAUUUGCCAAACACAUCACUUGAUGGAAAACAUAUUUUUAACAGGGAAGUCAGACCAAGUUGGUGA